AUGGCUUUCCAUGUGGAGGGGCUGGUGGCCAUAGUUGUAUUCUACCUGGCUAUCCUGGCAGUUGGAAUAUGGGCUGCUUGGAAAACCAAGAACACCGGCAGCGAGGGAGAUCGCAGCGAGGCUAUUAUCGUCGGUGGAAGAGACAUUGGCUUGCUAGUUGGUGGAUUUACAAUGACUGCCACAUGGGUUGGAGGAGGUUACAUCAAUGGGACAGCUGAGGCUGUGUAUGUCCCAGGCUAUGGUCUAGCUUGGGCUCAGGCACCUAUCGGAUAUUCCCUUAGUCUGGUUUUAGGUGGCCUUUUCUUUGCAAAACCCAUGCGAUCCAAAGGCUACGUGACAAUGCUAGACCCUUUCCAGCAGCUUUAUGGAAAAAGGAUGGGAGGGCUGCUGUUUAUUCCAGCUUUAAUGGGAGAAAUGUUCUGGGCUGCUGCCAUCUUCUCUGCCUUAGGUGCCACUAUAAGUGUGAUCAUUGACAUUAAUGUCAACCUUUCAGUCAUUAUUUCUGCCCUGAUUGCAACUAUGUACACGCUUGUGGGUGGGCUUUAUUCUGUGGCUUACACAGAUGUAGUUCAGCUCUUCUGCAUCUUCCUGGGGCUGUGGAUCAGUGUACCCUUCGCAAUGACCCACCCUGCAGUGACAGACAUUGGGCUCACAGCUGUGCACCAGGUGCACCAGGCACCUUGGCUUGGCUCUGUCAACUCACUUGACAUUUAUACAUGGCUGGACAAUUUCCUUUUACUGACAUUAGGAGGAAUCCCAUGGCAAGCAUAUUUCCAGCGAGUUCUCUCCUCCUCUUCUGCCACAUAUGCUCAAGUCCUGUCAUUUCUGGCUGCUUUUGGCUGUCUUGUGAUGGCUCUUCCUGCAGUACUCAUCGGUGCAAUUGGAGCAUCUACAGCCUGGAACGAGACUGAUUAUGGUGUCCCUGACCCCAUGAGUAAAAAAGAAGCGGAUAUGAUUUUGCCAAUCGUGCUCCAGUACCUUUGCCCAGUCUACAUCUCAUUCUUUGGCCUUGGCGCUGUAUCUGCUGCUGUGAUGUCAUCAGCUGACUCUUCCAUUUUAUCAGCAAGUUCUAUGUUUGCUCGGAACAUUUACCAGCUUUCCUUUCGGCAAAAUGCUUCAGACAGGGAGAUCGUGUGGGUCAUGAGAAUCACUGUUUUUCUGUUUGGAGCAUCAGCAACAGCAAUGGCACUGCUAGCUUCAUCGGUGUAUGGCCUGUGGUACCUCAGCUCUGACCUUGUUUAUAUCAUCAUAUUCCCCCAGCUCCUGUGUGUGUUGUUCAUUAAAGGAACCAACACCUACGGUGCCAUUGCAGGGUACUUAUUUGGCCUUGUUCUCAGAAUAACCGGAGGAGAACCGUACCUCUACCUUCAGCCCUUGAUCUACUACCCUGGCUGCUAUCCAGAUGAAAAUAAUAUCUAUGUCCAGCGAUUCCCAUUUAAAACACUUGCUAUGCUUACCUCCUUCUUUACUAACAUUAUAGUCUCUUACUUAGCCAAAUACUUAUUCGAGAGUGGAACUUUGCCACCAAAGCUGGACUUCCUUGAUGCUGUUGUUGCCAGGUACAGCAGAGAACACAUGGACAAAGCAACUCUUGUAAAAAGUGAUAAUAUUGUAUUAAAUGAACUUGCACCUGUGAAUCCACGACACAGUCUAACUUUGAGCUCAACUUUCACAAACAAGGAAGCCUUCAAUUAUGUCGAUUCGAGUCCAGAGCUGUCCAACACUGAAGAUAAUUAA